AUGCACCAGUUUACAGCUUCUGGCCAAAACGUCUUUGGAACUCUUCCUCUUGCCAACAAGCUUCUAACCAUGUUGAGGACGGUUAUAUUCUUCCUCUCUAAUACACCAUUUUGUUGUGGUGUAUACGCAGUUGUAAGCUCUUUUCGGAUGCCAUGUUCUUCGCAAAAAGCUUCAAAUAACAAAGAAAAAGGAGAAAGUUCAAACUUUGCAGAAAAUGAGGAAGGUGAAACCUUAUUGAUGGUUGCUAAAGAUGAAAAGAAAAUUGAGCCAGAUGUUUGGUAUGUGGAUACUGGCUGCAGCAAUCACAUGAGUGGUAGUAAGUCUUCUUUCUCUCAUCUGAAUGAAAGUUUUCAAACUACUGUGAGUUUUGGUGAUCAUUCUACUGUGAAAGUAAUGGGAAAAGGUGACAUUAAAAUAAAAACCAAGAAUGGUUUUGUGGAAACAAUAUCUAAUGUAUUGUAUGUUCCUGAUUUGAAAAGUAAUUUAUUGAAUGCUGGCCAAUUACAAGAAAAGGGUUAUGUGAUCACUAUUAAAAAUGGUGUUUGUGAAAUAUAUGAUUCUGUUAGAGGAGCUAUAGUUGUUAUUCAGAUGAGUUCAAAAAGAUUGUUUCCAUUAAAGAUUGAAGGAAUCCAAACUAGUUUAAUGGCUGAAAUGAAAGAUCCUUCAUGGUUGUGGCAUUUUCGCUAUGGCCAUUUAAGCUUGGGUGGGUUGAAGACGCUCCAACAGAAAAAUAUGGUGACAAGCCUUCCUCAAAUCACAAUUCCUUAUUCCUUAGUAUGUGAAGAAUGUGUUGUUAGCAAACAACAUCGUUCUGAAUUUGCAAAAGGGAAUACUAUUUCUUCAACACAUCAAGCUUAUUAA